CCCAAAAAUAGACUCCCACUCCCUCACAUUUCUCUUCUCCUUCCCUCUGAACUCAUUUUCUGCCUUUCUUUCCCUCCAUCUCUUCUCUUUCUCUUUCUCAUUCUCAAUCUCACCCAGAAAUUAAACUACACAACAACAAGAACAAAAUAUGAUUCACCUUCUAUACUUAGUGAUAUUUGUAGAAUCAUCCAUGAUAAUGCUGCUAUUAUUUAAGUCUCCAUUGAGGAAAAUUGUGAUUGCUAUUCUUGACAAAAUCAAACGAGGGCGUGGGCCUAUUGUCAUCAAAACUGUAGCCGCUACAAUUUCUGUUGUUUUCUUUUCUACCCUUUAUAGUACUCUUAAGAUCCAACAUCGUGGAAUUGGUGAUGAUGGUGCACCUGAUACUCUCAAUCCCACUGAUCAAGUUCUCUUUUCUAAGCACCUUCUCGAAGCUUCUCUUAUGGGAUUCAUCCUGUUUCUUGCGUUGAUGAUUGAUCGUCAGCACCACUACAUCAGAGAACUUCGUUUACGAAGGAAGACCAUGGAGGCUGUAAAGAAGAAUGAUGUAAGAUGUGCAGGUCCUGAGGAAAUCAAAGCGCGAGAACAGCAGGUCGACACAUUUAAGGAGAUGAUUAGGCAGCUUGAAACAGAGCUAGAAGGCAAAGUUAAGGAAGCAAGUACAUCAGAAGCUACUGUUGAGGCUCUUAAAAAGCAAUCCGAAGGCCUGCUUCUUGAAUAUGAUCGUCUGUUAGCAGAAAACCAAGAUCUCCGGUAUCAAUUGCAGACCUUGGAAUUUAGGAAGCCACAUUACAGCAUGAAGAAAGAUUCGUAAGAAAUCAUUUUUGCUUGAUAUUCUUUAGGAGUCGCAUUAGUUUUUUAUUUCGACUGUCAUACUGUUACACCAUUAUACAACUUGAGAGUGCAAGAUGAGCAAGAAAACAGGACACAGAGAAUUGGCACAAAAAUGUUGGCCUGAAUUGCCGGAUUGCUCAUUACUAGUAUGCAUAGGUUUAACGUAGUUGAAACUUUCUUUUCCGAUUUAUGUACUUGACACAACAUAUGAGCUACCUUAGAUCAAAAUUGUUAACUUAUUCGAUCUUGAAUAUGCCUUACA